UGUCUCGUGUUUUCUCCGGCCUCUGUCUCUUUAAUAAACUCGUGGUUAUCUAGUGUAACAAAUGUCUCGCUGCCAUCAUCAAGUCCAGAGGAGGAGGAGGAGGAGUUUUUAAUGUUCAGUUUGUUCUAUGGAUCGAUGUUUGCUUCUGGCUUCGCGGUGUGUGUGUGUGUGUGUGUGUGUGUGUGUGAGAGUGUGUGAGUGUGUGAUAUACACUAUUUUUGUCUGUCCUUUUCCUACUACGUUUCAUACGAGACCGGGAGUCUAAGCGAUUGACAGCGUUCGUCCUUUUGGCUUGGGAAACAAAAAAAGAAAAGAAGAAGAGAAGACGGAAAGAAAUGCAAAGCAAAGCAAAACAAUCCGCCAUAGAUCUGUCUAUCUAGGAAGGAGAGGUAUAUUAAAAAAAGAGACACCUGAUUUCUGGACAGCGCAUCUGAAAUACUGGAUUGUACGGAACUGAAGUACAUUAGAGAGUCGCUAUUGCGUGUGUAUCAGAGCACUUAAACUGCAUUUCACCUGGGCUCAAUUUCACUGUACGUGAACUAAAGAGAGUUGAACAUGCCAAGGAGGAAACAGCAGGCACCCAAAAGGGCUGCGGCAUACGAGCCAGAUGAUGAUGGUGGUGUCCAAGAGUCAAUCAUAGGGGAGGAGGGCGAAAAUGAAAUGCAGGCGGAGGAGGAGAAUUCUGAGAGGCCCACUUCCAAGGACAAAGAAGGCAAAGACAUAGACAACAAAAGCAGCUACAGCUUCCAGAACUCUCCGGUCAGUGUCCUCUCCAACCAGGAGGUUGAGCUGGAAUCCCGUCUGAGCGAUGGCAGUGACAGACUGUCUGACUUUAAGACCUCACCACCAGGAAGUCAGAAGGACACAGAGAGCCAGGGCUCAAAACUGAAAGAUGACAUGCACAGUAGCCUGGAGAAAAUGAGGGCUGCUUAUGCCAACUUCCUUUCAGACUCAUACUGGUCAAAGAUUGGACUAGAUUUGAAGGUUGCUAACACUGGCAGCAAAGCAAACUGUGACAGCACCAACGGGAGCACCAAGAGCAUGUUUGACUGGCACCAGGACGCACUUUCAAAAACCCUGCAGCAAACGCUGUCCCCGAAACCUGUGUCAAAGCCUAAUCUAUUCAGCUCUGUCCACCUGUACAGGCAAAGUAGCAAAGCGUGCGGUGCGGUCUUUACAGGCGCCAGCCGGUUCCGCUGCAAAGACUGCAGUGCGGCAUAUGACACCCUGGUGGAGUUGACGAUACACAUGAACAAGAGUGGCCACUACCAGGAUGACAACCACAAAAGACAAAAUAUCGCCUCCACUUCAUCAUCCAAGAACCGAAAGAGGAGCCUUCAACACAUGGAAGGCAAGGAAGAUGCACAAAAGGUGCUGAAGUGCAUGUUCUGUGGCCACUCUUUCGAUUCUCUACAAGACCUAAGUGUCCACAUGAUCAAAACGAAGCAUUACCAGAAAGUGCCUUUGAAAGAACCUAUUCCAGUAAUCACUCCCAAAUUAGUCCCACCAGCAAAGAAACGUGCAUUUGAAGCCAUAAGACCUUGUUCACCCGACUCCACCACAGGGGCUUCAGGUUACAGUGAGGCACAAAGGUUGUCUGGCCUCGCCAAUGCUCCCAACAGCCGCUAUGGCUAUCAGAAUGGUGCUAGUUACACAUGGCAGUUUGAGACAUGCAAAUCUCAGAUCCUGAAGUGCAUGGAGUGUGGAAGCUCUCACGAAACGCUCCAGCAGCUCACCACUCACAUGAUGGUUACCGGCCACUUCAUUAAAGUGACAAAUUCGGCCUCCAAGAAAGGCAAACAACUAGCCCUCGAUCCUCUAGCAAUAGAGAAAAUGCAGACACUUGCUGAACCAGCAGUGAACGAACUUGAAGGAGAAAAGGUUUCUCCAAAGAGCACAGCAUCUGGUGACUCUGAGAGGGCUACUCCAAGGGACUUGUCACCAGACAAAACUGAAAAGAAUGGAGAGAAGGACAACAAACAAGAUGAGGAGGACCGGAAGUCCACUGAAGCCAAUUUCAAGUAUCCCUACUUGCGAGAAGAAGACCUUGAGCAGGGCUCCAGUGGAGGCGGUGACAUUCUCAAGUCUUUAGCAAACACGGUGGCUUCAGCAAUCAAUAAAGCUCAAACAGGGACCCCCAGCUGGAGCGCUUACCCCAGCAUUCAUGCGGCCUACCAGCUAUCAGGGGUGAUCAAGACGGCCUCCUUUUCCUCUUUUCCUCCCAUCCAGCUCAAGCAGAAUCUCAACCACAAGCACAGAGCCAUCGCACCCAAGGCGAAGUUCUAUCAGGGACUUCGGGGACUUGAAAGUUUCCAGGGACAUCACAAUUCGGACAUCAAAAAGGAGAGGGGUGGCGCAUCUGACGGCAAAGAGAGCCAGAGCUGUAGGUUUGAUCUGGUGGAGAAUGAUGACAGUGAUUGUCAGGAUGAUUCCUCCUCCUCUUCAAAGCUGGAUGCAGACUGUGUAAGUGAAGAGAAUGACACAAUCAAAGGGAAGUUGAGCCCAGCUUUCUCUGACAGAGGGAACCCGUCACCUAGCCCCCCUGCCAGCAAUGGGCACAGCAGUUCUUCAGAGCUUGUCAGAGACUCCCAGGAAGUCCUUAGCAUAAACCCUCUAAGCGCACUACAGUCUGUCUUGAACAAUCAUUUGGGUAAAGCAAACAAGCCCAGGCCCGAAAGCAUCCUCUCCCAUCACACACAAUCCUUCUUUUCAGAACUGAAUAGAGGUUAUUAA